AUGAAUAAAAUGGGCAAUUUAUCUGCAAGGUCCUACUCAUCGCGUACAGGUAGCUCACUAAUGGCUCCUCAGCACGAUAAUCGCCGUUGGUCUUUGGCAUCAUUGCCGUCAACCAGCGGUUACGGUACACCGGGCAGCAACUCGGCCUUUUCUAGUCAGUACUCAUCGUCGGAACACCUAUCUGAAAUGCUAGAAUGUAUGAGAGUCGGUACAGGUCGUUUUGACAGUAAUGACAGUUGCCCGUCGAACGACGAUCCGUUAAAUGUGUGUCGACCUCGAAGUAGAAGUUUGACCAGUCCCAUCAAACUCAAUUCGGAAUUCCACUUGGAUGUCCUCAAUCGGAAUAGCGUCUAUAAAGAACGUUUUCCUAAGGCUAAGAUCCAGAUGGAAGAAAAACUGGCGGCGUUCAUAGCCGAACAAGCUCCGCUCAGUGGAUCCUCAUCAUUAGCAGACAAUGAUACGAGUCAAGAUAACGUGAAUAACCGCCGUUCAAUGGUCAUGGAAACGGAAACUUCAAUUGACCGUUCACUAUUACGAUUGAUUGGCGACGGUGCAACCAGAUUUUUACAUCACCAAGUCGUAGAGGUAGCAUCGGACUGCCUGACCCGUUCACGUGAUGAAACCAUAUCGUGUUCGUAUUUCUGUGAGAUGAGUCAGAGACUUGAUGAGACACUGAACGAGGCUCAACAAAAGACAUCACCUGCAUCUUUUGCGUACCUUUCCAAGUUGGUCAAGCAAUUGCUGAUGAUCGUCAGUCGACCGGCACGAUUGUUGGAAUGCCUCGAGUUUGAUCCUGAUGAGUUUUACCAUCUACUCGAAGAAGCAGAAGGAGUUGUGAGGGAACAAUUGGGUAGCGGCACCGCUAGGGUACCAGACCUACCGCAGUACAUAAUCGGAAAACUUGGGCUGGAUCGCGACCCAUUGAUGGAUGUGGAUCCACGAGCAGAAUCACCUCCAAAUGCUAUACCGCCUACAGUGACACGUCGUGAAGAGACUCAUACAGGACAGCCUGGAAAGGCAGAUGCCCACCACCGAGCGCCACGGGAAGAUGACUUUGAGACGAUCAGGUUGGUCAGUAAUGGAGCCUACGGAGCGGUGUAUUUGGUGAGGCAUCGUGAGACGCGGCAACGUUUUGCUCUGAAAAAAAUGAACAAACAAACGUUGGUGUUGAGGAAUCAAGUCGAUCAGGUGUUUGCCGAACGCGAUAUCCUUACGAUGACUGACAACCCAUUCGUAGUAUCAUUUUAUGGCUCAUUCGAAACGAAACAUCAUCUGUGUAUGCUUAUGGAAUAUGUCGAAGGUGGCGACUGUGCAGCGCUGCUCAAAAGUGCUGGCACACUGCCAAUCGAUUUAGCCAGGUUGUAUGUGGCGGAAACGGUCUUAGCUAUAGAAUAUCUACACUCUUACGGGAUUGUUCACAGGGACUUGAAACCGGAUAACCUGCUCAUCACAGCUAUGGGACACAUCAAGUUGACCGACUUUGGGUUGUCGAAAAUCGGUCUCAUGAACCGAACCACCCUGGUAGCCGAAGGUUUCGAAAAUGCAAUCGAUACACAGCAAUUCAAAGACAAGCAGCUAUGUGGUACACCUGAGUACAUCGCUCCUGAAGUAAUUCUGCGCCAAGGUUACGGUAAACCGGUUGACUGGUGGGCAUUGGGGGUAAUUUUAUACGAGUUUCUUGUCGGUUGCGUGCCAUUUUUCGGUGAUUCUCCGGAAGACCUAUUUUCCAAAGUUAUAACAGAAGAAGUGGAGUACCCGGAUGGCGAUGAGGCACUACCGCGUGAAGCUGAGGAUUUGAUAAGACGUCUGCUCGAGAAGAAUCCAAUGGAACGCCUUGCUCGUACCGACCGCUACAACCAUGAUGCGGAGUCAUGCGGCGAGGAAGAAGCUGCUAGUGUCGUAUCUGCGGCUCCAAUGUUCCACUCGUUUUCGACGGCCAGCCCUCGACAUUCGAUUGUCGCUGUGGAGCAGAUUCAAGCGAUACAGAACACACCUCCGCAGCCGGCCAAUCGUUCCCGAAAACCAUCGUCGACCACACAGUCGAGUGAAGAUCAAUCGAUUACUGAUAUAGGCGACGAGAAGGAAUGCCCCAUACCCUCGGCUAUGCUUCUGAGGCGGCGCUUCUCCGCUCAGCGUCAAGCAAACGUUUCCACCUCGUCGAGUGGAACUACAGGUACAGGCUGCUUGAAUACAGCUUGCUCUUCGACGGAUAGUAGCAUGGAUUCGUCUCAUGUGAGCACGAUAGUUGUGGGAAUGGAUGCCAGAAGAUCACCUUUACCUCGUUUUGCAAUCUCAUGCGAUCCAUCUGAUGAGCAGCGUCAUCACUCAACACCUGAGUCGCGCGUCUGCAAGGAGCUUUCGCCAGUCGAUGAGACAGUUAGGUUCAGGACCCAUUCGCCAUCCCCGCUACAACUGGUCAUACCAACCACCUCUGCUUCCUCGCAGCAGGCAAGCUCCAGCAGCAACGACACUUGCUAUGUGGUAUCCACCGGGCAACUGUCACCUGGUGCCAUAUCGGCCUCGUCAGCAUCGUCCCUUGACGGCACUUCGUCACAUGUGCAUCAUGGCGAACAAUUGAGUCCUGCUCAGUCACUUGGCAAGCCACCAAUCACAAUAAGGAAGGGUCCGUUUGGUUUUGGCUUCACUUUGAAAUCGGUGCGAGUAUAUUUGGGUGAGCACUCAGACUACUAUACGAUCGAGCAUAUCGUUACAGCUGUUGUGGAAGGGAGCCCUGCAUACGAGGCUGGCUUACGCAGCGAUGAUCUAAUCACUGCAGUGAAUAAUCAACCGGUUCACAACCUUACCCAUCCACAGCUCAUGCAUCGGUUGCUCAGCUACGGAAAUGAAUUGACGUUGAAGGUUACUCCACUCGCGUCCACAUCUAUCAAAGAAGGAGCACCGAGAAGGACUCUGGGCAAACUAGCGAAGAAGAAGCCGAAGCGUCCACAACGUCGUGUCCCUCUGGAAAAGAAGCCAAGGAAACCGUCAUCACUUCUACGACGUCUGAGUGGUAAACGUGCCACAAAUGAUAUCGUACCAGGUAGCUCGAGCCAAAAACAGACAUUCAUGCCGAGAUCAGUGUCCAGUCAGGAUGGAGCUAUUCUCGGCGGCCCGCUAGCCGUUGUCGGACCCCCGUCUACUUCUACAACGAACCCCAUGUCGGUCACUGGUGCAAAAUCGGUCUGUCAUAAGCGCUUGUCUGACGUUGGAUUAAGAGAGGAAAACCAAUCUCCUCUGGUUUCAUCGAGACCAUCGUCCCUCAGAGGCCUCAAACAUCCACUGCCGUUAUCGUCGGGUGGUCCUGGAACGUCUACGACGAAUACUGGUGUGAACGUCGUCAAAAUGCCCACUUCGCCAAUACCUGUGAGUCCGCUGGCCAGGUCAGAGCACACGGAAGCGGCUCCGAUUGUGACGAGGUCACCAAGUCCGUCGUCUUCGAAUAAAUUCAUCGCUAGUGGCAGAUCAUUUUUACGAAUGCUUCAUCGUGAUGAGAAGCACUGA